AUGACGACAGAAAUCGGGCGUGAAGAUGAGGACGAAGGAUACUAUGGCCCUCCUGACUACGUUGUUCAUAGUCCAGGUGGCUCAGAUUCCUCCCAAGAGUCUGACGAAGUCUUUCUUCGGCAAAUGCAAAUCGCAAGAGGCUCCGUGUCGACAAAGAUGGUGGCUUCCAAGAUGACACUUCGAUCGCUCGAGAGUGUCGAGCUGCAAGACUUACCCGAAGCAGACAGAAGCUGCGUCAUCUGCUACAAUGACUAUUGCGUAGAAACCCCCGAGGGCGUUAAAGAAGCCCCUCUUCGGUUGCCCAAAUGCGGGCAUGUUUUUGGUGACCAUUGCAUCAAGAAAUGGUUUGAGGACUCGGAUAGCUGUCCCUAUUGUCGAGACAAGCUUCAUGCGGAGCCAAAGACGCAAGCCGGUAGCUCUAGUAGGGCAUUCAUGAAUCUCAUGAGGUCCCGAGGCCUCCAUGUUCCUCCCGGAAUGGUGGCUCAACAAUUACCAGAUGAGGUGUUGGUCCAUCUCAGAGCUCACCAUUCAAUUGCGGAUCGACGAAAUGGCUCUCCGCCUCACACCGCAACAGCAGUAAGAAGAUCGCCACCGAGAGAAGGCAUUGAACACCAGCACCGCCGAACCAGAGCACGUCAUGAUAACUCGAACACGCACGAUGCUCUAUCCGUUCCCGAAUCCCGCAACCGAGCAGUUUCCACCGAGACGCCUCUGUCUGCUGUUGAACUACCCGCCAUACGCCCGCAACCAGAGCAAUUGGCAGCGGAAAGGCAGGCUGAGGAAUGGGUACGAGGCAACGCCCAGGAUGCGAAUGCAGCGUCGAUAUCAGCCCAAGAUCGCAGCGCAGAGACUCAACUGUCUCCCGCGGUUUUGCCAGAGCUAUCUCCGUAUCCUUCACAAGAUGCACAGGAUCAACACCCGAGAGCCAGGACUCUUCGAAACCCUUUGCAAGUGCAGACUGAUUCGCCUUACGAAGGUCUGGGAAACAACGAAACCGCACCAGAUAUGCCUUAUCACUCAAAUCAGAGAUGGUAG